AUGUUGUUUACCUCGCUUUGCACUACUUGCCGCCUCUUGUCUGUGGACCCUAAUCGACUGCUGUGCGUCGUCACAGUGCAGAACCCGAGCAUAAUCAACACGGCGGCGGCAAGGACAUCCGUCCCCGAGCAUGAGACCGCCGCCGCCGCUGGUGGCCACGGCGGCGUGGUGACAUCCGACUCCACCACCUCGUACUCUGCCGUCGCCGCCACCACCAGCACCGCCGGCGAGAUCUUCGAGUACGAGUUCGCGGUGACGGUCAAGUACGUGCGCCGGGAGAUCCGGGCCCUGACGGAUCGAGACAGGGAGACUUUUUUCAACGCGGUGUCCGUGCUGCAGCGGGUGCCGAGCGCCGUCGGCCGUGCGGUGUACGGCGACAAGUACUACAGCAAGGACUACUUCAACCGGAUGCACCUGUACUACGGUGAGGAAAUCGUCCAUGUACCGAACGAAGAAGGCGAUGAUGCAAAAUGCACGAUUGUUGCGGUUAAAUUUCCCGGUUAUCAUCUUGCCGAAGAGAAAGUGCUGAAAUCACGGCGGUGGUGCAAGGGUGCCAAUGUGAGGAUGAAGCUCACGGAAGCAUUCAAUGGCGGCGCUCACGGCAACAUCCACGGGCUGUUGGGCGGCACGUGGUCUCCCGAGGCGGACGAGUACGCCGCGGUCACGCCGUACAUCGUAAUCCCCUUCGUUCACCACGCAUACAUCGCGCAGAAGAUCAUGUGGCGGGAGAACGCCAUCGAGUGCCCAGAGAGCUGCACAUUCGAUCAGGGUUGGAAAGACUGCCAGUGCCAAUGCAGCGAGUCACUCAUGGAAGGGAGGACAGCGGCAGAGGCCAGUACCGCGUCGCGUGUUGCUUUUUUGUCUGCGUGAUGAUGUGCGUUUUCGUAACCAUCCACAGCGAGCGGCUUUGCUUGUUGACUUCGCGACUCAAGUGGUGUAUUUCAAUGCUGUUGGAGUUUCGAUAUUUAUUGAAGGCAGAUUUUUCAGCAGCUUGCAGCCGAUCUCUUAGACCGAAAAUCGGCAAACAGAAAUGGGACGGAAAAUACAGGUGACUUUUCAUCGAGUGUCGUACUGUUUGGCAUCGAACGUAACCAACGCAGGGUAACGCGGGACAUUACCAAACAACCCCCCAAAUUUUCUUCCUCCUGUGUGGCCCAAGCUGAUCCCCUAACAAUGUUUCGGAAUGUGUAGAAGGUAUUGCAACAACAAAACUUACCAAAAUACUUUCCCGAUACCAACCGAGAAUGCCAGAUGAAAAUUCUGACCUCCAAUAAGCCCACAGGCAGCUGGCGCGCGCAAUCAGCUGCACCUUGCGUCACGCACCUACCCCCCCACCGAUUUUGAUCACCCAUCCUCCCCUCUCCCUUUCCUUCCCACCCUGAACUGGCACCGUGCCGUCAUACAGUUCCUGGAGUUGGGCGAUGUCAUUGCGACGGGAUACUUCUACGAUGCAGACUACCAAUUAGUCCGCAAGCUGGCUGACUCGGAUGUACGUCUCGAGUCUUCCCUUUGUCGUGUUGUGCACUUUUUUUUCGAUGCGGGCGACGCUCUACACGAAAACAACGUUUUUUCCAGGCAAACCUCACCGGCGAAAUAGUUCUAAACACAAGUGCGGCACUUCUCCGUGAGAAAUGAGCCGCGAGUACUCCCAACAUGUUGGCUCCACGCACAUUUGUUUUGUUUAGUUCGUGGCGCCGAGAGGACGUAGACAGUGGUGCGUAGGGACGCUGUCAAUGCACUCGUUCAGCGCGUUUGUAUCGUCGCGUUUUGAUU